CUGCUGUUGGCACCGGGUAUAUAUAUACUCGGGCAUGGUGGUCCAGAAGUCAGUCUGACCCUGAUCGACUCAAGGAACAGCCAGCCUGCAAUCAUGAAAGUCCUGGUCCUCGUUGCCUGCCUCGCCGCGGCCGCCGUCGCGCAGCUCCAGCCCGCUGGGUACACCUCUGGCUCCCUCUCCUACGAAAAGGUGGUUCAGACCUCUGCCCAGCCCGCAUACCAGGUGCAAUUCCAGCAGCCCGCCUCCGUGCUCGUCAAGUCCGUGGAGCAGCAGGUGCCCGUGACUGCCUUCCAGCAGACCGCAUACGUGUCCGGACAGCCCACCCUUCUCAAGACCGUUGAGAAGAUCGAGAACCCUGUCCUCCUGAACGGCGAGAUCCAGAAGUAUGAGAAGAUCGAGAAGCUCGAGGGCGCCCAGCAGGUGCAGCUGCCCGCCGUGACCGCUUACUCUGGUGGCUACGAGCAGAGCGCUUACAUCCAGAAGCAGCCUGCUCUAGUCAGCCUGUCCGGCUACAAGACCCUCGUGUCCCAGCCCGCUGUGUCCACCUACAAGAAGGAGUUCGUGGCCCCCGCCGUGUCCACCUACAGCGCCUUCCCCGCUGCGUCCGCCUACAAGCAGGAGUCCUUCAUCUCUGCCCAGCCCGCUGUCUCCACCUACAAGAAGGAGUUCGUGGCCCCCGCCGUGUCCACCUACAGCGCCUUCCCCGCUGCGUCCGCCUACAAGCAGGAGUCCUUCAUCGCCGCUAAGCCCGCUGUCUCCACCUACAGCGCCUUCCCCGCUGCGUCCGCCUACAAGCAGGAGUCUUUCGUCGCCGCCCAGCCCGCUGUGGCCACCUACAAGAAGGAGUUCGUCGCCCCCGCCGUGUCCUCCUACAGCGCCUUCCCUGCUGCGUCCGCCUACAAGCAGGAGUCCUUCAUCGCCGCUAAGCCCGCUGUCUCCACCUACAGCGCCUUCCCCGCUGCGUCCGCCUACAAGCAGGAGUCCCUCAUCGCCGCCAAGCCUGCCCUGAGUUCCUACAAGCAGGAGUCUUUCAUCGCCGCUAAGCCCGCUGUCUCCACCUACAGCGCCUUCCCCGCUGCGUCCGCCUACAAGCAGGAGUCUUUCGUCGCCGCCAAGCCUGCCCUGACCACCUACAAGAAGGAGUUCGUCGCCCCCGCCGUGUCUUCCUACAGCGCCUUCCCCGCUGCGUCCGCCUACAAGCAGGAGUCUUUCAUCUCCGCCAAGCCUGCCCUGACCACCUAUAAGAAGGAGUUCGUCGCCCCCGCCGUGUCUUCCUACAGCGCCUUCCCCGCUGCGUCCGCCUACAAGCAGGAGUCUUUCAUCUCCGCCAAGCCUGCCCUGACCACCUACAAGAAGGAGUUCGUCGCCCCCGCCGUGUCUUCCUACAGCGCCUUCCCUGCUGCGUCCGCCUACAAGCAGGAGUCUUUCAUCUCCGCCAAGCCUGCCCUGUCCUCCUACAAGCAGGAGUCUUUCAUCGCCGCCAAGCCCGCUGUAUCCACCUACAGCGCCUUCCCUGCUGCGUCCGCCUACAAGCAGGAGUCCCUCAUCGCCGCCAAGCCUGCCCUGUCUUCCUACAAGCAGGAGUCUUUCAUCUCCGCUAAGCCCGCUGUCUCCACCUACAGCGCCUUCCCCGCUGCGUCCGCCUACAAGCAGGAGUCUUUCGUCGCCGCCCAGCCCGCUGUGGCCACCUACAAGAAGGAGUUCGUCGCCCCCGCCGUGUCCUCCUACAGCGCCUUCCCCGCUGCGUCCGCCUACAAGCAGGAGUCUUUCAUCUCCGCUAAGCCCGCUGUCUCCACCUACAGCGCCUUCCCCGCUGCGUCCGCCUACAAGCAGGAGUCUUUCAUCUCUGCCAAACCUGCCUUGACUUCCUACAAGCAGGAGUCUUUCAUCUCCGCUAAGCCCGCUGUCUCCACCUACAGCGCCUUCCCUGCUGCGUCCGCCUACAAGCAGGAGUCUUUCAUCGCCGCCAAGCCUGCCCUGGCCACCUACAAGAAGGAGUUCGUCGCGCCCGCCGUUUCCUCCUACAGCGCCUUCCCUGCCGUGUCCGCCUUCAAGCAGGAGUCCCUCGUCGCCGCCAAGCCUGCCGUUGCUGCCUACGGAGCUGCCUUCCAGAAGGACCCCCUUCUGUACUCCCAGGCCUCUGCCAAGUAUGGCGGUAGUGCCAUGUUCCCCGGUAGCUACCAGUCUGCCGAUGGUGCCUCCUCCAUCCUCAAGUUCUACAAUGACGACGCUGGCACUGGAAUCUACCAGUACGGAUACGCCACAUCCAACGGCAUCAACCACGACGAGCAGGGCAAGGUCCUCGCCAGCAAGAGCGCCGAGGGAUCCUCCUCCGUUUCCGGCUCCUACUCCUACCCCGGCCCCGACGGUGUCACGUACACUGUCCAGUACACCGCUGACGAGCAGGGUUUCCGCGCCUACGGCGACCACCUGCCCAAGCUGUCCGAGGAGGCACAGCACGCCAUCGAGGAGAGCGCUAAGUACGCCGAGCAGAAGGACUACUAGACUACCUACGCUUGAGACAAGACUGCUGACAGAUUUUUUCAUGACGCACAUUCUACAAAGUCAGGACGUACUGUGCACGAUUAUUCGUGCACUUGCUGAUAUGUCUUCGGUCGGCGUGAUGUCACGUAGCAUCCGUCCGCUGCACUGCGAGAGUGUUGAAUAUAUGACUGACUGGAUUCAAAGAUUAAUUUGAUUCAAACCGCACAUUGUGAAUUUACUAUGGCUGUGUUUCGAGAAGGAUUGCAAUAAAGGAAAAGUUAGACACAUU